AUGUCUCAAACUGAUGACAAACUAGCAAGUAAUGAAAGGGUAGUCCAGAAUCUCCAGAUGGUGGUGGAUUUAGAAGAUGAAAAAGAAGCAAUCAAGCCUAUAAAACGAAGAGCAUCUCGUAAAAGGUCAAAGGUUUGGGAUCACUUUGAUUCUUUUACAAAUGAAAAAGAUGGGUUGAACCACAUUGGGGAAUCUGUUGAACGUGUUAGGGCUGCAGUUAAAUAUGUUAGGCAGUCCCCAGCAAGAAUUAAAAGUUUUAAAAGUUUUGCUGAAAUUGAGAAAUGUUGUAGCACUAAGAAUUUGGUCCUUGAUGUCCCUACAAGGUGGAAUUCGACCUAUUUAAUGUUGGAAACAGCCCAAGCAUAUGAAAGAGCUUUUAGUAGAUUUGAUGCUAAGAAUUUACAUUUUAGGGAAGAUCUUGAAAAUACCGGGGUGCUUAGAAUAGCAGAUUGGAAGAAUGUUAGGAGGUUGAUUGGUUUUCUUGAACAUUUUUAUGAUCUUACUUUGAAAGUUUCAAGGACAAAGUAUGUGACUGCUCAUUCUUUUUUGGAUGACAUAACUUUUAUUGCCGUUGUAUUGAAAAAAUGUCUCAAUGAAGCAGAUGAUGUUGGCCUUAAAGACAUGGCAAAGUUUAUGAAAGCAAAGUUUGACAAAUAUUAUGGAGUGAUUGAAAAAAUGAACAUGUUAGUUGUUGUUGCUUCUGUGCUUGAUCCUAGGAAUAAGUUUGAAUAUCUAGAAGUUUUGUUUACUGAUGUGUAUGGAAAGGUGGAUGGAUCAUCAAUCGUUCAAAUUGUCAAAGAAUCAAUGAAUGAUUUGUAUGAUGAAUAUAUGAGAAUUCAUGCUCCACAUAAUACAACUCAUUCAUCUACUUAUGAUCAUUCUUCGUCUUCAUCAUCACUGGGUAAAAGGGUUUCACCAAUAGAUAUUGAACCUGCAAAAAUUUUGAAGGAAAAGUUCAGAAAUGAAAUGAAAAGGAGAAAGAUUGAGAGUGGUGUUAGAGAUUCUAAGUCUGAGUUGGAUAAGUAUUUGAAAGAAGAGACUAAAGUUGAUUCUGUCCAAUUUGACAUUUUGAAUUGGUGGAAAGUUAAUAGCCCAAGAUUUCCUAUUUUGUCUUUGAUGGCUCGUGAUAUUAUGGCUAUUCCAAUAUCUUCGGUGGCUUCCGAGUCUGUUUUUAGCACAGGUGGAAGAGUUUUGGAUGCAUUUAGGAGUUCUUUAACUCCUAAAAUAGUUCAAACAUUAAUUUGCAUGCAAGAUUGA